GCCUAUGUCUUAGUAUAGGCAAUUAAAUGAGGGCGAGUUCCCACCCAAUAACAAUCCUCAAAUCAUAACAGGGUAUGAAAUACUUCGUUAGAGUGUCAACUUGGGAUUAAGACAAAAUCAGGAGGCACGUAAAAGUUCCUUGAAAGCAGCCGCAUUGGUUUCUCGAUAGAGUUAAAUGUACGCACAAGCAAAAGUAAGGCUCAAUUUAAUGUCAAGGAAAAAGGGAUUGCUUUGAAUGAAACAAUUGUGAAUUAUGAUGCUCCUACCAAUAACAAGCAAGAUCUAUUAAAAAAAGCAUAAAACAAAGGAGAAGAGUACAGAAACAUGGAUGAACAUAAAAUUGAUGUGAUUGCAUUAUCAUAAAGGUAAGUGAAAUAUAUUGAUUAUCCCUAGGUACGAAACUUCCUUAACAGACGGAUUAACUGAGGAAUAAGCUAUGGCAAAGAACAAAUAAUAUGGAGAUAAUAAAUUAACAGAAAAGAAAAAGAAACCAUGGUGGAUUAAGUUGAUCCUUGAAAUGGUUCAGCCAUUUUCAAUUUUAUUGUGGAUAGCAUCGAUUAUGUGUUUCGUUUUAUAUGGUGUUAAUCCCAAUGCUUUGGGUGCAAAAUCGAAUUUAUGGUUAGGUAAAAAUAUAAAAUUAUCGCCAAUAGCAAUUAUUCUGAUAGCCAUCAUUUUAUUAACCGGUUCUAUAACAUACAAUUAAUCUGCAAAAGCAGAUGCAUUAAUGGAAGGGUUUAAGAAUUUCCUUCCAUAGAAAUGUAUAGCAAUCAGAGGAGGAGAAAAAGUAGAAGUUCCUGCUGAGAAACUUGUUCCUGGGGAUAUCAUUGAGAUUAAAAUGGGAGAUAAAAUUCCUGCAGAUGUUAGAAUUAUCUAGUCAAGAGAAAUGAAAGUCGACAAUUCAGCUUUAACCGGAGAAUGCGAUCCAUUACUUAGAGUAACUGAACUCACAAGUGAAAAUCCUUUGGAAACUAAGAAUCUAGCAUUUUUUGGAACUCUAUGCAAGGAGGGAUCAGGAAAAGGCUUAGUUAUUUAAAUAGGUGAUAACACAGUAAUGGGUUAAAUUGCAGACUUAGCAACAGGCGGAGAAACUCCAGAAACUCCUUUGAAUAAAGAAUUGAAGAGAUUUGUGAUUCUAAUCUCAUGUAUAGCAGUAGGUCUAGGAAUCCUAUUCUUGAUAUUGUCAUUAGUAGUCGAAGAUGCAUCUGUUGAUACAGCAGUAGGGUAAGCUAUAGGAAUCAUAGUGGCAAAUGUACCAGAAGGUCUAUUAGGGUGUAUUACAGUAUCUUUGGCUAUCACAGCCAAAAGAUUGGCUGAUAAAUAAGUGCUAGUCAAAAAUUUGGAAGCAGUAGAAACACUUGGAUCUACAAGUUGCAUAUGUUCAGAUAAAACAGGAACUUUGACUUAGAAUAAAAUGACAGUUGCAAAUGUGUGGUAUGAUGGAUUAAAGAGAGUCGCUUUGAAUAAACUUAAACAUGGAAGGAAUACUGAAUAUGAAUAUGAUACUAAUGAUCCUACUUUUAGAGACUUACAUGAUUGUGCAAUCAUAACAAGCGAAGCCAAAUUUAACAUUUAAGCCAAAGACAAAGCGACUAUUAAUUGGUUGGAAACACCAACUAUUGGAGAUGCAUCAGAAACAGCUUUAAUUAAAUUCUUUUAACCAAUAGAAGAUAUUGAGAACACUAGACAAAGAAGAUAACUAGUUGAGUUAUCAGACAAGUCUUUAGCAAAGAUGCCAUUCAAUUCCACCAAUAAAUUCUCAUUAUGUAUUGUGAAUUGGGAGACCUAGGAUUCAUAUUAUUGUGUAUACAUAAAAGGAGCACCUGAGAAGUUAUGGACAUUUUCUAGUUACUUAUUAGUCGAAGGUAGAAACCAGCCAAUCGAUGAGUAGAUUACACAGAAAUUCAAAUCCGUCAAUGUCUCAUUUGGAAAAGGAGGUGAAAGAGUUUUGGGAUUUGCAAAAUUUCACUUACCAAGAUCUGAAUUCCAGAAAGGAUAUAAGUUUAAUUUGAACUCAAUUGACACAUUGAAAUUCAAAUUAGAAGGCUUUACUUUCUUAGGAUUGUUAUCAUUAAUGGAUCCACCAAAAGAGACUGUACCUUAAGCAAUUAAAAAAUGUUAAUCAGCAGGCAUAAAGGUCAUUAUGGUGACAGGAGAUCAACCACCAACAGCAGGUGCAAUAGCUAAAUAGAUUGGAAUCAUCACAGGAAAGACAGUAGAUGAUUUGUUAGAGGAAAAUCCAUCAAUGUCUUAUGAUGAAGCCUUUAAUUUGGCACCAGCAAUUGUAAUUCAUGGAGACAUGAUAGUCUAAGCUUUGGAGGAGGAGAAUUAAAAUGGAGAUUAUGUACCUGAGCAUAUGAAAGACAGGAGACUUAGGAGUUGGUGCAGUAAACCUUAAGUAGUAUUUGCACGUACAUCUCCAGCACAAAAGCUGAUGAUAGUAAGAGCCUGUCAAUACAUAGGACAUGUAGUAGGAGUGACAGGAGAUGGUGUAAAUGAUUCCCCAGCAAUCAAAUAAGGGGAUAUUGGUAUUUCAAUGGGUAUCAGUGGUUCUGAUGUCACUAAAGAUGCUGCUGAUAUGAUAUUAUUAAAUGAUGAUUUCGCAUCCAUUGUUGAUGGUGUUGAAGAAGGCAGAAAAAUAUUCGACAAUCUUAAGAAAACAAUUGUUUAUCUACUGACUUCAAAUAUCACAGAAGUGUUCCCAUAUGUUGGUGAAAUUGCCAUCGGAUUACCAUUACCUUUAAGCAAUGCCUUUAUUCUCACUAUUUGUAUUGGUACUGAUAUCUUACCUGCUAUUUCAUUUGCCUACGAAGAAGCAGAAAUCGAUAUAAUGACUCGUAAACCCAGAAAGAAGGAUGAUCAUCUAGUAUCACUGAGAUUAAUCACUCAUGCCUAUUUAUUAUAAGGAAUCAUUGCCACCUCAGCUGGAUUCUUCAGUUAUUUUAGUACUAUGAAUGAGUAUGGAUUCCCUCCAUAGUUACUUCUUAGUUUCAUGAAUACUCCUUACUAGAAGAUACCUUGGCCAACUAUUACAUUAGCUAAUGGAUAAUCAUAUGCUCCACCUCCUACCACUUGGGUAUGGGACUUACCAAAUAUGAAUAAGUAAACAUAUCUUCCACAUUUUUAGUCCAUUCUUAACCACUCAACCUUACAGUCCUGAUUGGCAAUAAGCUCCUAUUCUCACGGUUUAAGAGGGAUUCCAAAGAACUCCGCUUAAUUGGAUAAAUCCGGAAAUCAUUUACUAUGAUUUGCGAUACAUCUUUGUUUAUUACGAUCAAAACUAUUAAAGAUGGUUCCCUACCUUUGAAGAAUGGUAAAAUUAAAAUUCAGAUAAACUCUGUCGAUAUUUCGAUAGAUCUGAUUACUUACUUGAACAAAACUAAUAUCCCAUUAAUACCAAUGCUUGUUUCAAGACAGCAGCACUUAAAUAUGCCCAAACCUCAUAUUUUGUGGCUGUUGUACUUGUCUAAUGGUCUAAUGUCUUCUCUUGCAAAUGUAAGUGGCAGUGUAUUAUAUUUAGAACGUAAAAUGUCUGUGAUUUACUCUCCAAUUAACGUAGUUAUGUUUUAUGGUGUCCUCCUUGAAACUCUUAUUUUUAUUUUUAUCGUCUACAUUCCAGGAGUCAAUAAUUGGUUUGGUGCUAGACCUGUUGAUAUUUUAAAUUUAGGGUAAAUUAAUAAUUUGAUUAAUAGAAUGCCUGGUCUUCCAUAUUCUAUGUGUCUAUUUUGUUGGGAAGAACUAAGAAAAUACUUCAUUAGAAAUUAUGCAAAACCAGACAAGUAUUCGCCUAAUUUCUUUGAAGCAAAUUCAUUGUGGUGA